CCUAGCACCUUACAUACAAAGCAAAGAAAAGCAAAAAAAAGAAACACUUUAGGACACAAAAACAAACACACACACACAUACACAACAUGGCUAGGUUAAGGGUUUCUUGGUUUUGCAUGAUGUUAUUCUUGUUGAUAAGUUCAGUUCUAGCACAAACACAAGGCGAUGAUUAUGAUUACGAUGAUGCAUUUGCUCCGGAGCCAAGUCCAUCAGAUGAUGGAUCUCCGGCUCCGAUAGGGGACGAUAUGGAGGCUCCGGCACCAGCACCGGUGCCGGAGGCCGCUCCAUCAAGUGGUGGGGAGAGGAGAGGUUUGGUGCCAGCUUUGUUUGCCUUUGGAGACUCUUUGAUUGAUAGCGGAAACAACAAUCGCCUUUUUUCAUUUGCAAAAGCCAAUUAUUUCCCUUAUGGCAUUGAUUUUGGUGGCCCCACUGGACGCUUCUCUAAUGGUUACACCAUCCUUGAUCAGAUUGGUGACCUUCUGGGAUUGCCACUGCUUCCACCAUAUUCGGAGAUAUUCAACGUCGACAAAAUGCGUUUCGGAGUGAACUAUGCCUCUGCUGCUGCUGGUAUUCUUGAUAUUACCGGCUUUCACUUU